UUAAGUACCAAUGGCAGAAGCUGUAAAUUCAACCAUUUUCAAGGUGUGUUUUUGUUAAAAGGACUUUUGUCUCCUUCACACUUUCCUCGUCAUCCUUGUUAUCACCAUUCUCCGUCUCUCCUAAAGAUCAAACAAAACUCUCUGUAUCUGAAUUUGAUCAUGAAAUUCGAAGGAGAAAUCCAUCACGAUUCAACUUAGGAGUUCAAAUUUUGCUAGUAAAUGAAGAAAUUUGGAUAUUUUUUUUUAUUGUGGAUAGUGAUUUUUGUUGUAAAAUUAGCGUGAUUUUGAAGGAUUAGGUUAACGAUUUCAUGGCGUUUAUAUAGUAUAUAGGAGUAUCAUGAUGGCAGAGAAUCCACGGCCAUUGCAGGCGCGUCCGUAUGAGGAUCACGCGCCGCUGCCGUCGAUACGGAUGGUGGAGGAGGAAGAGGAGGAGGAGGACGAUGAUGACGGCGCAUAUGAGGAUGAUGGAGGAGAAGAGACUAUGGAUGAGGCUGAGGAUGUAAGCAUGAAGGUAUUGAAUCACCAUCAAUAUGGAGGACAGAGCCAACAGUUGUACGGAGGCGGAGGUGGAGUUGUGGAAGUUUCUAGAACAAGUGAGCUUACUCUUGCUUUUGAAGGUGAAGUCUAUGUUUUUCCUGCAGUCACUCCUGAUAAGGUGCAAGCAGUGCUCUUAUUAUUGGGGGGAUGCGACAUUCCUACUGCUGUGCCCACUGUUGAACUUCCAUUCGACAACAAGGUUGAGGAUUUGCCAAAGCAAGCUAAUCUUUCGAAAAGAUUUGCCUCCUUGGUGAGGUUCCGAGAGAAGCGAAAGGAGAGAUGUUUUGACAAGAAAAUUAGAUAUAGUGUCAGGAAAGAGGUUGCUCAAAGGAUGCAUAGGAAAAAUGGUCAAUUUGCAUCUUUGAAAUCAAGUUCUGGAUCUUCUAGCUGCGAUUCAGCCAAGAGUAGCCUUGAAGGACACGACACACAACAUUCUGUAACUGUUCCUGGAAAGUGUCACCAUUGUGGUGUGAGUGAAAAUUGUACGCCAGCGAUGCGUCGUGGGCCGGAUGGACCAAGGACACUCUGCAAUGCAUGUGGACUUAAGUGGGCAAACAAGGGAACAUUGAGAGAUCUAAGCAAGGCAGGAAGGAAAACUUCUGUUGAACCAAACGAACUGGGAACUCCUGACAAUCCCGUGAAGGCAUUUGCUGAAGGAUCCCUUGAUCAUUGUGCUGAUCUGGAAAAGAAUCUAUUCAGCUCUGGUAGCAACCUUGAAAAUGAUAUUCCUGUGGGUAUCUUUAGUUCUUCGAGCAAUCUUGUUGAGCAGGAAACUCUAGUUGAUUUUGGAAAUGCUUCCAAAACUGAGGUCGUCAUUCCUGCAAACUUUGACUAGUUGACUGCCUGUAAAUUGUUGUUGUAACAUACCCAUUUCCUUUCUGGAGAGACGCUACUAUUUCAAACUGACCCUGUUAAAUUUGGAAUGGUUGCCGUUGAUGUGUAAAAUUUGAUGACUGUAAAAAUGAGCAAGUAAAGAUUAUUGGUGCCUAACCAAUACAUACGAAGUGUGAUUCAUUGUGUCCUGUACAUCGUAAGCUAGUUGGAAUUCUACACUUUGUGGUUGUAUAUAUAUAUGUGUGUGUCGUUUGACUGUGUA